GCUCUCAGACGCUACCCAACGCCGGUACGGUGUGGUGUAACCGUUGAGGCUGUAAAAACCAACUUUUCAUCAGCGUCAAAUAGUUGCGGGAUUAGUUAUAGUAGAUAUAGUUAUUAUCAUAAUUAUAGUAUCCAAACAGUAGUUUUUCCCUCUUUCGUUGUACGGAUAACGAUUAUUAUUUUCUCAAUUUUCCGUCGAUUGUUUUCGGUUUUUCCACGCAUCGUCAUUUUCUUUUUUCUGGUACAUCCUAUCCGCGGCACGAUUGCGAAAGGUUUCCACGAAACGCAGGAAGCGAGAAGAGAAAACGGGCAAAGUACCCCGCGGUACCGAAAUUUUCAAACAAAUCCAGCCAUCAUGUGCGGCCGUUACUCUUGUUGAGUUUUACGCCGAUCUGUCUGUUUUUUUUUUUUUUUUUCUUUUUUUUUUCCGUUCCGUUUCCUCAAUUAUUCACAUCAAUUUUUGCGAAAGGGGAUGAAUUUCGCUAAACCGAUUUGACCCGAACAUUUGGACAAGCCGCCCGCGGGAGAAGACGAUCUUCAAAUCUUCCACACCUCUGCGGAGAGGUCGCGACUGAGGUUUCGGGAACGUUUGCCGAAACUUCCGAAUAAUCCAACGCCAAAAUGACUAUCAAUAGUGUGUUAAUCAGGAGUUUUCUACUCGCAUUUUUCAUCCUUGCGACCUUCAACGCCCUCGUUGAUACCGCCGUAGCUCAGAACGAUGACCUGGUAUUCGAUGCGGAACAGAAAAGCGAAGGCGAAGUCGUACCUCUGAUCGAAACCCAAGAGAAGUCUUCGCUGUUUCAUAGGAUCAAAAGAGGAUUUUUCGAUUUUUGGGAUACCCCAUCGGAGAACAAAGAAACCACUACCGAAUCUUACCCGCGACCCUCACCACCGCCCGAUGACCGGCGAGAGGGACGAGACGAAGAUCAACGCUACGAUGAUCUCGAUAAACCCGACAGUGACGUAGGUGAUCAACAGCAAACGGACGACUACUACGAUAAUGCAGAAAACAAUAAUGCUGAUAUUCCUACAACGUCGUUGGAGAGAAAAACUCGCGAGAGUGGCGAAGAUCUCGUCUCAGAGCACCCGAACUCCGUAGACGCCGGUGUCGGUGAUGACGAGGAUUUGGCAGGAUCCGGAGAUGCCGAAGGAAGUGCUUUCGAACCACCUGAUGAGAAAUUCUGGAUACAGACGAAACCGACAUUCGGACGUUUGGCUUACGUCUACCGCGCCGAUUUCACCAUCAACGAGCCCUUCAGGGUCGAUUACGUCGACCGCGACUCUGACGAGUUUAAGGAACUGAGUAGGCAGGUGACCACCGCGAUCAAUCGUCUGUACGCAGAAAAACAUCCGAAGUCGCAGGCCUACUCCAAUAUUCUCCACUACCAACCAAUUAGUUCUGACCCGCUCGCGACGCGCGUCUCCGUCGACAUUGAAUCGGAACGAUCGGACGAGCCGAAACACCGUGCCAUCCUCGAGAAUCAACUGGCGCUUCACCGUCUGGGUGAUAUUCAAGCAACGCCUGAAAACUUAGUAUUUAGAAUAAUGAAAGACCGAUCUGCGACGCUAUGCGAUUAUGUUACGGAAUUCGAAUGUCGCACCGACUCGAUGUGCGUGCCUCUCAGUGCAAGAUGCGACGGUUGGAACCAGUGUCCGGAUCGUUCGGACGAAGCUAAUUGUUCACCAGAUGAACUACCACCCACUACAUCACCGGAAGUCACAACGAUCCCAGCAGAGCCGACUACUUGGGGAACUACUACUUGGAGAUCUACGCGCGUUUCGGAAUCAUCAUCUCCAAGAACUUACAACGAAUAUCCGUCGGGAAAUACUCUAACCCCGCGCCCUCCGUAUGAAGAAUAUGGCCCGGUCGGGCGGGAUAUUGAGUUCGACAGAUAUCCGAACGAACCUAGAAUCGGUCAGGGAAAUGAGUACGAAGAACCAGUUUCACCUGUGAUCCCCAGCUAUACCACGGAAACUGAAGCACCCGACGAUUAUGAUAACUAUGGGACCGAUCAACCGAGAUGCAGAGGUGACACCUCCUUCGUUUGUAGAGAUGGAAGUCAAUGUCUUGCGGUUGUUCAGAAGUGCGAUGGGAUUCAGGACUGCGAUGACGGCAGCGACGAAGAGAAUUGUCCUCCACAAGUUUGCGAACCCGAUGAAUUCCCCUGCGACGUCUCAAGAUGCAUCAACAACAACCAGAAGUGUAAUUUCAUCCCAGAUUGUACAGACGGUAGCGACGAGCACGACUGCCCCGAACCACCACCUUGCACUUCAUUGGAAUGGAGAUGCAGCAGCGGACAAUGCAUUCCUAAAGACUCGUUGUGCGAUGGAAGGAGCGAUUGUUACGAUAGAUCCGAUGAAGUCAAUUGUCAAAUACCACCUGGCUUCGAGGACCAGGACUUUGACUGGUCGAUCGCAGAAGUAGAUAAUAACUUUGGAAACGCGAUUAAGACGCCGAUCAAGACAAACGAGGGUGAGGUAAGGGGAGAGGGUGAAAGCGCGGGAAUCGAGGUUGAAUUCGAUCCCCUACCGGGAUGGCCAUUUAAUCUCGGUUACUGUCCGCCCGGUCGUUGGCCCUGCAGAUCUGGCAAACAAUGCAUUCCUGCAUGGCAAAGAUGCGACAGGGAACCACACUGCGAUGACAUGUCCGAUGAGGACAGCUGUGAAUCGAGGACCUGUAAUCCUGAUCUGGAAUGGACUUGUCAUAACAAAAGGUGUAUCUCAAAAUUCCUGAAAUGCAACGGAUUGGACGACUGUGGAGAUCGAUCCGACGAACAGACGUGUCCAUGCACCAGGGCCCAGUUUAUGUGCAACAACGGAUAUUGCAUUCCGAAAGAACGACGAUGCGACAAAUACAACGAUUGCCAAGACAGGUCCGACGAGAUCGACUGUGCCAUACCUGCACGACCUUGCGAUAGGGGAGAAUACAUGUGCGACGAUAGGCAAUGUGUCAAAGACACGCUUGUCUGUGACGGUAAUCCAGAUUGUCGAGAUAACUCCGACGAACGUGAUUGUCCAGCGGAGGUAGUAUGCAACGCCGAUGAAUUCCGAUGCAACGACGGUACCUGUUUGAUCGGAAGUGCUCGUUGCAACGGAUCGCGAGAAUGUUCGACAGGUGAAGACGAAGCUCAGUGCGGUUGCGGUGCCUCGGAGUUUCGAUGUGCGGACGGCAGUUGCAUCCCUUACGACGCACACUGCAACGGAUUCGACGACUGCCCGGACGGAUCCGACGAAGACUGCGGUUUGGCCGAUUGUCCGUCAAUGGACUUCACCUGCGGAGAUGGCUCUUGCGUCCCGAAAAGCUCGGUUUGCAACGGCAUCGACGACUGCCCAUCAGCGGAAGACGAGCUUCACUGCGAGAGAGAAUGCACCGUGUCGGAAUUCAGAUGCGUCAGGGAUGGUAAAUGCAUCAACGCGGCGUACAGAUGUGAUUCUACCGACGACUGUUCGGACCAUAGCGACGAGGAAGGCUGCCAAUCAUCUCGGGGAACCAACGAAACCGGAAGUGGAACGGAAACACGUCGCCCAACGGAAGGGAACUCCGUUACGGAAGACCAGCAAGAAACUACUACCAAUUUUGGAGUGCGAGAAUGCGAUCCACAGAGGGAAUUCCGCUGUAACAAUGGCCAGUGCAUCCUUCUUCGUAGGAAGUGCGAUGUCGUUCCCGACUGCUACGACGGCUCGGACGAAACCGACUGCGGAUUCUGCUCUCCGGACGAAUGGAAGUGCGAGAGCUCGGAAUGUAUACCGGAAAACCAGAGGUGCGACGGUGUUUCGAAUUGCGUCGAUGGCUCUGACGAAAAUGACUGUGCCUCCGAAUGUCCGGCUGGACUUUUCCGAUGUGACGACGGUCUGUGCCUGGAUGGUAACAAACAAUGCGAUGGUCAUCCGGACUGUCGCGACGAAUCCGACGAGAAGAAUUGCCGUACCUGCCGAGCCGGCGAAUGGGCUUGCGCCAACGGAGCAUGCAUAAGUAUACAAUUCAGAUGCGACGAUACGUUGGAUUGUCACGACGGAAGCGACGAACGCGAUUGCCCCCCAAGACCGGGACCCACCACCGUUCCCCCGGGCUGCGAAGGUGACGAUUUUGAGUGCGGCGACGGCACCUGCAUCCCAAGAUCGGCCGUAUGCGACAGAAUUGCUGAUUGCGCGUCGGGAGCCGAUGAGAGAAACUGCCCGUCCACCGGCUGUGCGCGUGGGGAAUUCCAAUGCAGAAACAGAGCCUGCGUCAGCGAAGAAGCGAGAUGCAACAGGUACAACGACUGCGGCGAUUACUCAGAUGAGGAAAAUUGCGGCCCACCUCGUCCAGACCAAUGUCUACCAGGAGAAGACUGCGGAGAUCCCAAUACCGCCCGAUGUGCGGAGAACGAAUGGAGGUGCGAGAAUGGGCCGUGCAUUCCGACUAGCAAACGAUGCGACAACAAGGUCGACUGUCCUUUCGAUAACUCCGAUGAAUUGGACUGCGAAUCCUCAUCAGCGACUUGCUCGCCACAAGAAUGGAGAUGUGAAAAUGGUCCUUGCAUCCCGUCCAGCCAACGUUGCGACAACAAAAUCGAUUGCCCUCUCGAUGAUUCCGAUGAAUUAGACUGCGAAUUCUCAUCGUCGUCUUGCUCCCCGCAAGAAUGGAGGUGCGAAAAUGGACCGUGUAUUCCAUCGGAACUCAGGUGCAACGGACAAUACGACUGCCCAAAGGAUGACUCCGAUGAACUCGACUGUCCGAGACCCACAACCCCUGAUUAUACCUACCCUCCAGCAGAAGGAGCGCUAAAUCUCAAGACGUACCCACCGGACCAAGUGAUCAAAGAAAAACCGGCGACACAAGGUCGAGAGGUCGUUAUUCAGUGUCGAGAUGAAGGUCCUCUUCGCGCUAAAGUCCACUGGAUCCGCGAAGACGGCGCACCUUUGCCACCAGGAAGCUCAGAUAUAAAUGGCCGACUGGAAUUGCCCAAUAUCCAAUUACACCACGGCGGCAAUUACGUGUGCGAAGCACUCGGGGUUCCACCAAAUACACCUGGACGAAGAGCUGUCGCACAUUUGACCGUCGAGAAAUAUGAAGCAAUACCCACCAGACCACCAAAUGCCUGUAAGUACGACGAAGCAACUUGCAGCAACGGUGACUGCAUCCCCAAAACUAAGGUUUGCGAUGGAAGGAUUGAUUGUACAGAUGGUAGCGAUGAAUCCAGAUGCAAUCCACAAGGUUGUGAACCCAAUGAAUUCCGGUGUUCAAACAAGCAAUGUGUGAGUAAAGUUUGGCGAUGUGAUGGGGAGAAUGACUGUGCCGAUGGUAGCGACGAAGAAAAUUGUGAACCAUCACCACCUGGAUCACUGUGCAAAUACAGCGAGUUCCAAUGCGCACGAAACGAUCAAUGCAUCUUGAAGAGCUUCCACUGCGACAUGGAGAGGGAUUGUAUCGACGGAAGUGACGAAGUGGGCUGCUCUGCCGUGUACAUCCAAACACCGCCCCCACCGAUGGUUGAAUUGGUUGUUGGAGAGACCUUCACGAUCACCUGUACCGCAGUUGGUGUACCAACACCCCAAGUUAACUGGCGUUUGAACUGGGGUCAUAUUCCAGCAAAAUGUACGACCACCUCCGUUAAUGGAGUUGGAACUCUGACCUGUCCUUCGAUAGCCAUUGAAGACCAGGGUGCAUACUCUUGCGAAGGAAUGAAUGGGCGCGGAUGGCAGUUUGCGAUCCCCGAUACCAUUCUUGUAGUGAAAGGCACCGGAAGUGUUUGUGCUAAGGGAACCUUCAACUCUUUGGCUCGUGUACCAGACGAGUGUAUUUCCUGUUUCUGCUUCGGCGUAGCUACCGAGUGUUCGAGCGCUGAUCUCUUCACCUACCAAAUUCCGGCACCCUUCGAUCAACACAAUGUUGUAUCAGUCGACAUUAAACCCGAUAUCAGGAUACGAGGUGCCCCCGUUGAGAAUACGCCGGAUAUACGUCCGAUCGGGCGCAACGGAGUUCAGGUAACCGACCGAUACGGUUCCAGACGUAAUUCAGACAGCGUACUCUACUUUGCGCUCCCUGAGAGCUAUCAUGGUAGCCAACUCAAAUCAUACGGAGGAGUUCUCAAGUACACUGUUCGGUACGAAGGCAGAGGAAGACCAAACUCUGCACCAGCAGUUAUACUCAGUGGAAACAAUUAUGUACUUGUACAUAAAGGUCGGGACAUUGAACCAGACUUUGAGACUGAAAAUACUGUACGCUUCUUCUUUGGAGAUUGGCUCCGUAAACAAGAUUGGGAUGAGGUGCCAGCUUCGCGAGAGGAGAUCAUGAUGGCUCUCGCCAACGUCGAUAACAUCCUGAUCAAAGUUGAAUAUGACGACGAACGAAUCAACGCUGCAAUCACAAAUAUCGUCAUGGACACUGCCGAUGUCAGGAACACAGAUCUGGGUGCUGCAUCGUUUGUUGAGGAAUGUCGCUGCCCAGCUGGAUACACUGGCCUGUCUUGUGAACACUGCGCAUCUGGAUAUCUAAGGCGAGAAAGUGGACCUUGGCUUGGCCAAUGUUACAAAGAUGAGGUGCCCUGCCAGCCUGGUUACUACGGCGAUCCGUCGAGGAACAUUCCAUGCCAGAUCUGUCCUUGCCCACUCACAACACCUUCCAAUCAAUUCGCUAGGACCUGUAGUAUGGGUUCUGAUGGUCAGCCUAUAUGCAAUUGUCCCCAAGGAUAUCUGGGACGCAGGUGUGAGCAAUGUGCUCCCGGCUACCAGGGCAAUCCUCUGAUCGCUGGAGACAGAUGCGUCAAGGUUGAUGACUGUGACGCUAAUGGAAGUAUCAGCCCACAGGCGGACCCUCUUACCGGACUCUGCCGAUGCAAGCAUUUCGCGACUGGUCGUACCUGCAAUAAAUGUAAGGCGAAUACAUUCAACUUGGCUGCAGCAAAUAAAUUUGGCUGUGUGAGUUGCUUCUGUAUGGGAAUCACUUCGAAAUGCACUUCCUCAAACUGGUACAGAAGUGAGAUUCGAGUAGCGUUCACCAGUUCGAUCCGCGACUUUUCUCUGAUUGAAUCGAAACCUGAUGCGACUCCGAUCGUAGAUGGCAUUCAUCUGAACACAAUAGAUCGAGAAAUCAGUUAUAAAUUGUUCCCGAACCGUGAAAACAAUGACGUAUAUUACUGGCAAUUACCCAGCAAUUUCUUAGGUGAUCAGCUCGCCUCAUAUGGUGGAAACCUUGUCUACACUGUCCGUUAUGUACCUUCACCAGGUGGUGGAAGGUCCAGAAAUAAUGCAGCAGAUGUUGAACUUAUCAGCUCCAAUGAUAUAAACCUUCUCUACUACUCCGGAAAACAACUUGAGCCAAAUACCGCAGAAACAUUCACAGUACCAUUGCUCGAAGAUCACUGGCAGCGUAAUGAUGGAACAACUGCUGAUAGGGAACAUCUUCUUAUGGCCUUAGCUGACAUUCAGGGCAUCCGUAUUAAGGCUACGUAUACCACACACACCGACGAAGCUGCACUCUCCCUGGUAUCUCUUGAUACUGCUGUGAGCACAAACACUGGAAACGCUCGUGCUGUCGAAGUUGAGGAGUGCAGUUGUCCAGCUGGAUAUAGAGGCUUGUCUUGUGAAGACUGUGAUGUUGGGUACACCAGAAGUGGCGCAGGUCUGUACCUCGGUACCUGUGAACCUUGCAGUUGCAAUGGACACUCUUCACAGUGUGAUGCAGAAACUGGAACUUGCGAGUACUGCCGUGAUCAUACGACUGGUGAAAAUUGCGAUGAAUGUGAGAACGGAUAUGAGGGCGAUGCGACUCAAGGAACACCUCAAGACUGUCAGCCAAUCAACAACGUGAUUCCUGGAACUGAUUGCUCCUGCGAUCCGGCAGGAUCACGAGGGACUUAUUGCUACAAUGGCCAGUGUCAAUGCAAAACAAACGUUGAAGGUUCACAAUGUAACCGAUGUCGACCAUUUACCUUUGGACUUACCUCCAGCAAUGUCGAUGGAUGUACCGAAUGUUAUUGUAGUGGCGUUACCCAGCAGUGUCACGAAAGUUCGCUCUAUAUCACCCAAAUACCAACGAUCAUUUACGACGACAACCACGGAUUCACUUUGACCGACCUUACUCGAAGAGAUGUGAUAACAAGAGGAUUUGAGAUAAACCCUGCUACAAAUCAGAUCAGCUACCGCUACCAAGAACCUCGAAGCCAAAGGCUCUUCUGGUCUCUGCCAUCUCCAAACAUUGGUAACCAAGUGAAGAGUUAUGGUGGCAAACUAACUCUUACUCAAGAAAUUAGGACACGUAGUGGAGCCACAUUACAAAAAGAUCAGGAUGUUCUUUUGAUCGGCAGUGGUAUAACUUUGUACUGGACUAAUCCUGAAGAGCUUCAACCUAAUAUUCCACUGACAUACAGUGUUCCUCUGGUCGAAUCGUCAUGGACCCGAUUGACAACAGAAGGUCCUCGCAGUGCAUCUCGUGUAGAUCUUAUGACUGUACUAUCCGGAUUGGAAGCAAUCUUAGUACGAGCUACUCACAGCCAAGACAUGAUAGCAACCUACAUUAGUGACGUCAGCCUCGAUACAGCGGUACAACAUGUGGCAAGUGACAGGCGAGCCACACAAGUCGAAGCCUGCCGAUGCCCUACUGGUUAUUCAGGAACUUCUUGCGAAUUAUGCGCUCCUGGAUAUUACAGAGACGUCAGAGAUAAAUCCGUUAGUGUUUUGGGCUCCUGCAAUUCCUGCCCUUGUAAUGGAAAUGAACAGAAAUGUGAGGUUGGGCGAUCAGGUGACGUUGUGUGUCACUGCUUAGUGGGAUACACUGGAAGAUACUGUGAAGACUAUGAUGUUGCAACAACCACAAUCUCUACCGUCACUGAACCACCACCCCCACCACCACCCAGGAUUGUUGUUACUAUUCAGGAACCUUUGAUUCAAAUCGUCGAAGCUGGAACUACGGUCACAUAUCAUUGUGGCGGACGAUCUGAAGACAGUGACACAGUCAGCAUUGAAUGGCAGAAAGAAGAUGGACAGCUUCCUCCUGGUCGAACCAUUCAAGAUACGAGCGGUCUUCUCAUCAUCAGGGAUGUAAGGGUGUCAGACAGUGGUGUUUACGUCUGCCAAGUCAGCGAUGGUUUCAACAUCGCCUACCAGAGAGCCACCCUUACUAUUGGACCCGCAUUACCAGUUCAACCACGAGUUGUGAUAGUGCCACGUUACCUUGAAGUUGAAGAAGGAAGCCCUGUGGAAUUCCGUUGUGAUGUGACAGGUAAUCCGCUGCCCGAAGUAUCAUGGAUUCGUGUCUCGGGGCAAAUCAACCCUGAAGCAACAUUUGAGAACAAUAUCUGGAGACUACCUGCUGCAAGAAAAAGUGAUGAAGCUGAAUACAAGUGUAUCGCACGAAAUCGCGCUGGUAUCCACGAGGAACAUACCAUUCUCUACGUCACUGGCAAUCAACCACCACCUCCACCCCCACCCCCAGAACCAAUCAUCAACCCCUCCAACUGGGUCGGUGGAAUCGGAGAACCCAUCCGCCUGGCUUGUACUGGGCCAAGUGAUGCGCAAAUAACAUGGACCCGAUCUGGAAAUGCCCCACUACCAUCUUCAGCUACUCAUCAAGGCGGAAUUCUAAGCAUUCGUAAUCCUACACCUGCUGACUCCGGCAUCUACGUUUGCACAGUAAUCACCUUCCAAGGUGUGGUAACGAGCAGUAGCGCUAGAAUAUCGAUUCAAGGUGCAGGAGCAAGUCGACCGGUUGUGAGGGUUGAACCAGAUAGACAAACCGUGUCCCAAGGAACUGUGGCCGAAGUCAGAUGUAUUGCCACAGGAGAACCUACUCCUCAGAUCACGUGGACCAAACGAGGGGAAUCGCUUGGAUCUCAUGUUCAGAUCAUAGGAAAUACGCUCAGGAUAGUCAACCCUCAAAUUUCAGAUCGAGGAAUCUACAUUUGCCAAGGUUCUAAUAGUGGAGGAAGUGGAGAGAGCAGUGCUAUGAUUGAAGUACAACGACGUGAGUCACCGGUAAUCGAGCUUUACCCCUCAAAGACGCAACAGAUUUCUGAAGGUGGUUCGGCUCUUAUCCAAUGCCGUGUCGUCGAAGGGCUUCCAACACCGGAGGUUACUUGGGCUCGAUACGAUGGAAGACCUUUCGGCCCCAAUGUAGAGCAGCUUCCUGGAGGAGUUCUUCGAUUCAAUCAGAUAACACUAGAAGAUGGUGGAUCUUUCGUGUGUUCUGCAUCAAACCAGGUUGCCUCAACCACAGUAACCGCUGUCCUUGAAGUAAACUCACAGCCACAGAUCACGAUCACGCCAUCCAACCGUGAACCCUUAAUAGUCAGACUGGGUGAAAGAGUUCGUCUUACCUGCAGUGCUACUGGGCGACCUAGCCCACAAGUCGGAUGGAGUAAACACAGGGCUGAACCAACCGUUUAUUCUGAAUCAGUCCCUGUAACGCGAGCAUUUGAUGCUGUCUUUGAGAUAAGCUCAGUGUCUUUCAAUGACGAAGGAACAUACGUCUGCACAGCAAGAAAUGACAUUGGGGUAGCUGAGGAACGGAUCCAUGUUGUUAUUGGUUCUAAUACCGUAGAUGAAAACGAGCCGGGAAACGGAUACGACUCGAAUCUUACUAAUACUGACCCGGGAGUCAGAAUUCCCGAUGAGAAUCUGAGAAUCCCUGAUGGUGGACGUGUAGAAAUGCGCUGCCGUGUUGUUGGGGAUGGUCGUGAAACCAUCUACCUAGAUUGGAAGAGGAGCGAUGGUAGAGCUUUACCCCCAGGCAGCGAUGUUCGUGAUGGCGUAUUGGUCAUUCCAGUGGUAACUAAGAACGAUGCUGGAGAAUACGUCUGUCAAGGCUCGAAUAGCUAUGGAGAUGUCAUAUUCAAGGCUCAAUCGCAUCUUGAAAUUACAUCUCCACCAAGGAUCGAGUUGGAUCCAGCACACCAAACUGUAAGACCAGGUGAUAGUCCAGCAAUAGUAUGCAGUGUCACAGGAGAACAACCAAUUGAAAUUCAAUGGGAUGCCAUCGACCGCCCACUGCCCUACACAGUAACUCAAUACCGUGGACGAUUACAGUUUAACGGAAUCACUUCCGCUGAUGCUGGCAGAUACCUAUGCAGAGCGACAAAUGCUGUCGGUACCGCAGAAGGAGUGGCUGAAGUUCUAGUCAAUGAACAAUCUCCAAUAAUCACUGACAAUCAACGUGAGGUGACCGCAUUUGUGGGCUCCUUAGUGACACUUGACUGUCCAGUAGACGGUCGUUUCAGGGUGGAGUGGAGUAGAGAAAGAGCAGAACUUCCAAGAAAUGCAUACAGACACGCUAAUGUCCUAAACUUAACUGAGGUCCAACCACAAGACAGUGGAACAUACAUCUGUAGAGUAACUGACCCGAAUGGAAGUUCGAGUAGUAGCUACUUCACUUUGAGGGUUGAACUUUAUGGAGUACUCUGCAGUGAAACGGAAUUCCAAUGCCAAAGUACGGAAUGCAUUGAUAAGUUGUAUCUCUGCGACGGUACUGAUGACUGCAGAGAUGGGAGCGACGAGCAUCACUGCUUUAACGGAUACUCUCGUCAGUAUCUCCAUCACAAAAUCGCUCCUGCGUCAUCGGUAUCUCUCCGUAUUCGAGCAUCCCAGGAUCUGGUAAAUAUUGGAGACACCGUUGAUUUACAAUGCGAUGCCUCUGGAGGCCGGGACACACGCAUUCGAUGGGUCAGGCCGAAUCAUCCUGAACUUCCUCCCAACUCACUAAGCCGUGGAUCAAUUUUAAGAAUCUCAGAUGUUGCGAUAGGAGAUGGUGGUACUUAUCGGUGCGUAGCUGAUACUCCGGAAGGCACCUUUUCAAAGGAUUACGAUCUUCAAAUUGAAGGUGGAAAUAACGAUGCGCCAGCUGUCGAAACAAAAUCAGCACCCUAUGGUUCGGGCGUAGUAAUGGACUGUAGUGUUGAUCUCGAACCACCAGUCAGAUUCCAAUGGAACAAACUUGGAGGUCUUCUGCCGGCUAGCAGCCGAACAUAUGAUAACCAACUGCAGUUAAUGGAUGUGAAAGCUGAAGAUGCAGGCACGUACAUCUGCACAGCAAGUAACGGUCAAACGAACGUCGAAGCACCACAGGUCCUCUUAGUUACUGGUGUUGUACCUAACUUUAGCCAGGCACCUGAAAGUUACAUGGCUUUCCCUCCUUUACCUGAUGCGUCUCUACGAUUCAAUAUUGAAGUUUCAUUCAAACCAGAAAACGAUGAUGGUGUUAUUCUAUACAACGGUCAAUCACGCCAGGAUGACGGUGAUUUCCUGGUUCUCUCCCUCGUGAGAGGGUAUCCCGAGUUUAGGUUUAAUGUAGGAUCUCGUCCAGCUAUCAUAAGAGCACAGAAGCCAAUUACUCUUGGAAAAUGGCACACAAUUACGCUUCACCGUAAUCGCAAAGAAGGAACAAUGCUGGUAGAUGGAGAAGGUCCCUACACGGGUAUAGCUGCAGGUAGAUUCGAAGCAUUGGAUUUGUUGGAACCGCUAUACGUCGGAGGAGUUCCCGAUUAUGGAGCAAUCAGUAGACAUGCCGGUGUAUCCUCUGGCUUUGUGGGAUGUAUCAGUAGGCUGGUGAUCGGAGAAAAUCAACUAGAUCUUAUCGCCGAUCAGUCAUUAAGUGUCGGAGUAACAACUUGUGAAACUUGCGCUGAAAAUCCAUGCAGUAACAAUGGUGCCUGCCAAGAGUCGGCAACGGAGCAAGGCUACACUUGCUUAUGUCCUGCGGGAUACAGUGGGAAACAUUGUAACAGCCUUGGACAAUCAUGUUACCAAGGUGCCUGCGGUGAAGGUAAAUGCGUCGACAAGGAGAACGGUUUCCUCUGUUACUGUCCUCUUGGUAAAUCCGGACCUAAUUGUGAAGUUGAUACGUCAGUUAAUCACCCAGCGUUCCAUGACAGGAAUGCAUUCUUGGCGUAUCAAACACCAAAAGCUGUGCGAAAGCUUAAACUAGCUAUGAAAUUUAAACCAUCGGACCCAGGCGACGGUAUCCUGAUGUACUGUUCCCAGAGUAAUGAAGGUGUGGGUGACUUCAUUGCUCUUAUAAUAAAAGACAGACAUGUGGAGCUUCGGUUUGACUCAGGCUCUGGAAUGGCAGUUGUCAGAUCAAACCACGUUAUCCAACCAGGGAUGUGGCUUCACGUAAGAGCAGCUAGAGAUUUCAAAGAAGGAAAAUUAUCUGUGAAUGGAGAGCCGCAAGUCGAAGGAAGGUCACCAGGAUCUUUGAGAUCUAUGACUCUCAAUACUCUGUUAUAUAUUGGGGGCAUAAAUAGACAGAAGAUCAGGGUCAAUAAAAAUGUAGGAAUCGACAGAAACUUCCGAGGAUGUAUCACCGAGCUCGAUAUAUCUGGCCAAAACAUCGAUAUUCUCAAAUCUAUUGUCGAUUCUUCGAAUAUCAGAGAUUGCGUUCUAAAAUAUUCAAAUCAAACCGAGCACCUGGUAAACGAAUCUUCGACAAUAUCCGCAACACCGACGACUACACACCAAACCACAUCAUUUAAUCCCUGCAGUCUUAAUCCAUGUGUUCAUGGAAUGUGUCAGACGACGCACGCUCUUGAUUAUUCUUGCAUAUGCGAAUACGGAUACGUGGGAAGAAAUUGCGAGAAUGUUCUAAAGCAGUGCGAAAUGCUAAGUCCCUGUAGAAAUGGAGGAACGUGUACAGAUCUUCACGGAGGGUUCAAAUGUGAUUGUCGGCUGGGAUUCAACGGAGUUAGAUGUGAAAUUUCGGUGGACAUAUCUUAUGACGUCGCAUUUCACGGAGAUGGUUGGCUCGAACUCGACCGUUCCGUAAUGGUGCAUGAGGAGGAAAAAGAGCUCAUAGGAUUCGAAAUUUCAACAAACAAAAGCAAUGGUGUAAUAAUGUGGCAUGGACAGACGCCUGCCGAACUAAGUCCUAACGAUUACAUAUCCUUAGCUGUAGUCGAUGGAUACGUGGAAUACCAAUAUAAUCUCGGAUCUGGACCUGCAGUGAUUAGAGUAACGGCGCAAAAAGUUGACGACGGAGAACGACAUAGAAUUGUAUUAAAACGUCAAGGUAGCGAAGGCAGUAUCGAACUGAACGGAGAGCACACUGAAAGCGGAGCAAGUGACGGCUUGCAGCAAAUGCUCAAUGCAAGGGGUAGCGUCUACCUCGGAGGUGUCCCAGAUUAUGCUAUGACUUUUGAAAGAUAUCAAGACGGCUUUUCCGGCUGUAUUUACACCCUUGAAGUUCAGGAUUCCGGAGCGAUAGACAUUGGAGAAAAAGCGAUCAGGGGAAAGAAUGUAUAUCCCUGCACUAGAACCAGAUGGAUUCCAUCCUCGUUGGUAUUUACUGACGCAGAUGCCGAUAUAUUUGAUGCCUUCGUGCCACCACCCCCCGUGAACAUUAUCCACCCCAAGCCAUCCCUAAAUGUAGCUCCAACUAAUUUUCGGAAUCUCUCGUUACUAAUAUUAGUCCCAAAUCUCGUUAUCUUCACAAUGGAUGUAAGAUUGCAUAAAGUUAUUUUUGCAGUACUUCGAACUGCAAUUGUUACUCUAAUAGGUACUAUAUCUAAUAAAAUAGAAUAUCAGAGUGAUUAAUUUCAACUCUCUGUCUAAGUUACACAUUUUUCGAAAUUCUAAUAAUGGUACCUGGACUGUUAACGUGUUUUGUAGUACGUUGGUCAUAUUUAGUGGUGCGAAAAAUAUGUAUCUUACACAAAAUCCUAAUAUUGUCAAUAACUAAACAAAUUUCUACAUAAUUUAAUGCUUUACUCAUGGGUGGAGCUGCAAGAUUAGACUGAGGUAAAAUAUGAAAAUCGAUAUAAAUACCCCGGCAAUUUCUGUGUCGCAAUGAAUUCCAUUACUUAUGACGUAUAUCAAUUUUACAAAAUUUUUAAUUCUCAUGCAUAAUCAUCAUCCAAAUUAUUUGGUUGCAGUGACGGAAUCGACGGCCCUCCGAUAAGAGGUGAUGGUGGUCAUGUCCAAAGAUAAAUGAAAGUAAGUCUCCAUGCUUGAGUGCCAAAGAAUCCAAACUCCGGAUUGAAAUAUCAUCUACAAGUUCAGCAUUGGUGAAAAUUCGAAAUUCAUUUCAAGGUGUAGAUGUGAGACUACUCAACAUUUUCGUAUGUGACGAAAUAGAUCUCGAGAACGACAAAUUUUCGGAAUCUACGAAGCGAUGUUACAAA